AAUGAAUGAAUACAUAUUUAUGUAGUUAGCUAGAAUUGUGUCCUUAAACUAUUACGUAUAAUUAGUUUAUUAAAAAUUAAAUUAAAUUAAUUGCCACACAUCCCUGAAAGUCAUCUUUGAAAUUAUCAAAAAACUACUUAUCAGAAGUUAUUACAAAGCAAGCGCAAACGUUUUGUUUGUUCACAGUAUUUAAAGGCUCGCUGACGGACAUUCGUAUCAGUUGUAUUAUCUCUACGAAACAUAUAACCCGUAUUGUUUAUGUGAUAACUAGGAAAUGUCUAAUAUUAUACUACUGCAAUCUCCGCCACCGAAGUUGGAAGUUGUACAGAAGAAUAUAUUUCGAAAAGAAGCAUUGGAAUUUAUUGCUGAGCUGCAUAAUGAAUUCGACGUACAAAUUGAGACACUAUAUAAACAGAGGCUCUUGCGAUCACUUGAGGCUAAAAGCAAUGCAAAUUUAGACUUUAAGACAUCACCAGAGAGAAGCGACAAAUUAUGGAGAAUUGCAGAAUUACCGUCCAGACUGGAAAAUCGUCACUUAGACCUUGGGGAUGUGUCAGCAUCAAACACAGCUCAUUUUGUAUCAGCACUCAAUUCAGAUGUUCAGGGUAUUCAAGUGGAUUUUGAUGAUGGGCAUUGUCCGACAUGGAAAAAUCAGCUUGUGGCAUUCCAGAAUAUCAGUCUGGCAGUUAAUGGGAGACUUCUUGGUGCUCCACUCAGUAUUGUCACAUCACCAGUAUUGAUGUUGAGACCGAGGGCUUGGAAUAUGUUAGAACAUAAUAUUUUGAUUGAUGGCAAAGAAGCUAUUGGUGCUCUUGUUGAUUUUGGCAUAUUAAUGUAUCAUAAUGCCAAGAAACUCCAUGAAGCAAAUAGUGGUCCAUAUUUCUACCUCUCCAAACUGGAAGGUGCUUCAGAAGCGAAAUUAUGGAAUGACAUAUUUAUAUGGUCACAAGAAGCUCUAGGGAUACCACAAGGAACAAUCAAAGCAUGUGUUUUGAUUGAAAAUAUAUAUUCAACUUUUGAAUUGGAUGAGAUAUUAUAUGCACUCAGAGAGCAUUCUUUAGGGCUCAACUGUGGUAUUUGGGAUUAUUGUGCGUCCAUUAUUGCAAAAUUUGGCGACCGCAAAGAGUUCAUGCUGCCAGAUAGAAACAAAUAUGUAAACAUAGAUCUGCACUUCCUGAGCAGCUACAUGAAACUAGUUGUGAGUACGUGCCACGCUCGGGGAGCUCCUGCCACCGGUGGGAUGGCUGCCGCAAUGUUGCGGUCAGGCUACGAUGGCACGGACAGAGAAUCUAAAGCGAUUAUUAAUAGGAUCCUUGAAGCGAAACUAAAAGAAAUUGAAACAGGUGUCGAUGGUUUCAUGGUAUACGAUUCACGCGUGGUGCCGUACGUUAAUGAGCUUUGGAAGAAAAAUGGUGCGAUGUCGAAUCAAAUUCAUCGCAAGUUUAAUUUCAAUAUCACCGCCAAAGAUCUACUCACAAUACCAAGCGGAGGUGUAACACUGCAAGGGUUGCGGCACAACGUAGCCGUCUCCAUACUUUUCAUAUAUCACUGGUUGGCAGGGGUUGGGCAUUUCUUCUACAGCGGCAAUGUUGAGGAUUCGGCUACGGCAGAGAUUUCUAGAAGUCAAAUCUGGCAGUGGAUUCGAUUCUCGGCUACCUUAGAAGACGACCCAAAUAUAUGCGUCACAGCUAAAUUGGUGGAGAGAAAGGCAACUCAUUUUGCAAACCACGCACACAGGAACCUCUGUCGUUCAAAUGCCGAGAGGAAACGACUUACAGCUGCAAAGUAUAUGAGCAUGGAGUUAUUCCUUAUGCGGAACCCACCGGAAUUUAUAACUAGUUAUCUGAAUGAUAAUCAUAAGUACAGAACGUUGCAUAACAAAGCGUUAUUAAGUAAUUUGUAAUGCCUAAUGAUAUGAGGUCAGUCUUAAGGAAAUCCAAAGCAUGUGCGAAAAUGCCUAUUUAUUCUAGACAAUAAAAUCUCUGGAAACUAAUUCAAUACGACAUUAGAUUGUGCCGAUUCACAAUUUUUUAUGCUCUUGAAUUAUACACUAACGUUUUAGUGGAAUUUCGUGCUCAAUUAAAUAAUUGACUGAUGUUGUAAUUGGUUAAGUCUCCAUUGUGUUUCAAAGAACAGUAUAGAACUGGAUUUCUUGGAUGGAUGGAAAUCUAUAUUGAGGUCACAUUCCAGAGUAGACUUGCUGAAUUACAGUAGCACUUAAUCAGAUGAGAGUCAUAAAUAAAAACCAAGACAAUCAUAACUAAACAGUACAUCAAUUUCCUUUGCAUAUCAUAUGCAUCUUGCAUUUAUCAAUUUCAAAAUAGAUUCAUAUGUGUAAAUGAAUACUUUUGUGAAUACUCCACCUGAGAUUACAGUCGUGAAAAUAUUCACGUUUAGUCCAACAUGUAGGUAUUGUGUAAUCAACCACAGUUCGAGUUGUGUCUUUAUAGAUCUUUUUGGAAUUAUUAAGUUAUAUUAGAAGAUAAUUUUGGUUGUGGAAGGUAAAAUGUACCUAUGGUAACCUUUAAAGGUCGUAUGAAAAAGUAAAUAUAUUAAUAUAAGAUUAUGUAAGUACCAGUGCUCAAUUUCUAUCGCAGAAUUAAAAGAUUUUAUAUAUCUUUACGCGGUCCUUUACGGAAUACGCAGAGCCAAAUGCCAUAAGCUUCUACCUUUAUAUACAACUGUAGAAGAUUAUACUAUUUUAUUUAGUUACCUAUUUUGCCAAAGAACGUCCCAAUACCAUAUAUAUUAGCAAUGAGGAUACCCUGUAGUUGAUGUGAGAAUAACCAAUGAUUCAUAUAUGUAUAUUGUUUAGUGGUAGUCCAAACUCACGCCCACGCGUGAACAAAUCUCGUCUGACUACCUUAUUUAUAUAUACGGUGUAUCAUAACUAAGAACUUCAUCAAUGAAUACUUGCAAACUUAAAUACAAUUUUUCAAUAUGAAACCAAUAACAUGAUUUUUAUAAUUUGGCGUUUGUUUGAUAUAAAGGUUAUAUUAACACAUAAAACAAAAAUACCUUCAUUCUAUUACACUCUGUAUACGUGACUUUUUAAUAUUUGGUUAUAAGUUCAAUAUAGUUUGUAUGGAAUUAGAUUUUAUGAUUGUACCGCUCUUAUCGCAUUAAUGAAACAUAAUACUGUUGUAGUAAUGGAAUGUAUUUAGCAUCUAUUUUAUAUAGCUAACAUCUCAAAUAGUAGUCAUGCUAAUAUGAACAUUAAACUACAAAUUACCUUUUUGUCUAUAACAAUGUUUAAUGCUAUGACAUUAUUCAAUCCCGCUUAAAUAGCGGAACAAAUUAGAAUAAAAUCGAACUUUUAUAUAUGUAGAUCAUCUGUUGAUUUAACAGAAAUAAGUAUGUAUAAGUUUAUUUGCACGGACCAAUAUACACGUAUAAUUCAAUUUAUCGACUGAUGCCUAUUUGGAACACCAUACAUUUGGUAAGUAAUAGCAAAUAUUUGCCAAUAAUUUUGUUAUUGAAAGUAAAAAAUACUAUCUAAAUCUUGUGAUGAACUUCGUACCUAGAUUGUUGAAAAUAUAUUAUUAUGUACAUUGUUUAAAAUGUUCCGAAUGCGCUACUUAAUCCAUAUGUACUGUGAUAUUAUGUUAUUCUGAUUUAGUAAAUUAUUUUAUGACCGAUUUGUAUCCACAUUGCUGUGAUAUUUUAUAUAUGUGCCUGUUAUUAUACAUUAUUGUUAAUAAA